CAGAGGAAAUAUCUACCCGUCCACUGUACUAGAACGCCACAAAAUGUAAACCGCUUUGCAAGAACGUCAUUGUAUGAGACACUUCGCCCCGUGGGCGACCGUAUUGGCACUAGUGGCCGCAACAAUGGUGUUAGCAGCUUUGUCGUGGCACUGCAAUCCAGUCGCCUUGUCCGACACGGCUGUUUUAGUGGAGCUACUGGCAGAGCUGGGCCCUGCACGAUGAUCGCGGGUAGCUGGAAGAUUGCUUUGGUAUUUGUCCUCGAGCAUUUAUGAGAUUCACAGGCAGACAGAUUGGGAGCAACGAAAGAAACAGAAACAGAACUUACGGCGUUGACUGCAGUGCGGUACUUUUUUGUCGACGCGUAAGGGCGGCUAAUACAAAACAAUGAUCAUGAUAUUUCGGACGCGUUAAGGCCGCAGAGAUACGUACCGGACGUGAAAUCGCAUCUUUGUAGUAG